GUAGGAGGUCCUGAGUGACUUUGGACGUCCGCUGAUCCUCGGUGAGCUGACUACCUGCGUACCGGCUGUGCAGGUUUGUUUUCCUCUGCUUCCGGGCCCUCUGCCGCAACCAUGCUCCGCCAGAUCCUCAGCCAGGCCAAGAAGCAUCCAAGCUUGAUCCCCCUCUUUGUAUUUAUUGGAGCCGGAGGUACUGGGGCAAUGUUGUAUGUUACACGCCUGGCAUUGUUCAAUCCAGAUGUCUGUUGGGACAGAAAGAACCCAGAACCCUGGAACAAACUGGGUCCCAAUGAGCAAUACAAGUUCUACUCGGUGAAUGUAGAUUACAGCAAACUGAAGAAAGAAGGUCCAGACUUCUAAGUGAAAUGUUUCACUAUAAAGCUGCUUAGAAUGAAGGUCUUCCAGAAGCCAUCCGCACAAUUUUCCACUUAACCAGGAAAUAUUUCCCCUCCAAAAGCUAUGAAAUCAUGUUGGUGUAUUAUAUUGGGGUUUACACUGAUUAAUAAAUAUUUGAAACUU